UCAAAAUUUUAAGGCAAGAUAACUACUUUUUUAAGUUAAACCAACAAUUCUUUUUUCUUUUUUACAGUGCACAAAUAUUUCUGUAUGACAAAUACAUUUAACUUUUGGCAGUUCCUAAAUGCUUGCAGCAGAUUAUCAAAUUGCAAAUUAGCAUAAUUACUGAUUCUUUUUAUAGAUUAUAAUUAACUACUUUAUUAUUACUAUCUAUCUAUCUAUAAUAUACGAAAUACAUACAAAGUUUAAGACACAUUGCACUGAAAAAAAAAAAACUUGACAAAAUGUGUUACGACACUUCCUAAUUCACCUAAUGGUAAUUUAUUUGUCAAAAAGUGAGUACCGUGUACUUAAGUCAUGCCUGAAGAAUGGAGUCCUGAGGGAAUAAGGAAAAGAAAGCUUUGACAAAGCUGAAAGGAAUGAAAAGAAGUGCACUUCAAACACAAACUCAGACACCAUAAAUACUCUGCAUCUGGAGAGAGUCAUAGUACUACGCCAAAAGAAAUGAAUGGUGUGACGUAGAGGAAGUGCCGCCCCCGUUCAGCGACUAUCUUCAAACAGUAUUCAGUUUCAACAACAGUCCUAGCGUUGCUUCAAUGAACGCGCCUGUCUCGAUGUCAUUCGUUGGCGAUGACAGAGCACGCUUAAUUUCUGCACGAUCCGUGCCGCGCGUUGGAAAAACUGCAUCUUACCAAAGAGCGUGGAAAUAUACUUGUCCAUUUUACAUACAGCAAAAGUGCUUCUUCGUGCGCUGACUUGGUUGCUAUUUUCUCUUCCGUCUUUUCUGGGACCUCGAAUGUCAGUGGAAUAAUUAGAAAUACAGCGUUUGCUUUAACUCUCUUCUUCGGUCUCGUAACGUCAACGACGUCGCGUUUUUUUUCGCUAUUGGCUGGUGGUGGUUCACUGGAAUAUAAGCGCAGUGAGUCUGAGCUGUGAAGGGGCAUUCCUCGCGCCGAGCUUGGAUCUUGACCGCGCGCGCUGCAGCAACGGCCAAUCUAUCUGUCAAUCCAUCAUCAGGCGCGCGCUGGACAUGCAGGUUUGCAGACAGUUAUAGCUAUAAAGUUAUUAUAACCAAUGAAUGUGAUACUCAGUUAUAUUAUUUUCCUCAAAAAUUGCAUUUCAAUGAGAGAAAUCACGUCAACGCGAUGUGAAUUUGAAUUUUUCUGAGCCUUUCUCUGUGAGAGACUUUUUUUCCGUUACGAUGUACUUCGAAUAACCGACCAUUUACUGCUCGCGCUCGUUUUUAUCCUGUUUAAUAACGAUGGCCAACGAAAUUCGCUAUGACAAUCGGAAUAUUGUGGAGAAAUACCUCAAUCACAAACUUUUAAAGAGGGGAUAUGUAUGGAAACUUCAAUCUACAGGGGAAGAAGAUGACACCUUCAAUAAAGGAGUAGAGGACUCCUCUCCAAACUCUGACAGGAGGCUUCAGGCUCCCUCAGCCGGCGGGGGUAACAACUCUGAAUGCCUGAUAGCCCACCGGCUCACCCGUUCAGACCCUCAUUUGAGGCUCUACCGGGUGUUACGAGAGGCUGGAGACGAGAUAGAAAGGAUAUACCAGCGUGAAUUUGAGGAGAUGUCCCACCAGAUGUCAUUCAGUCCCAAUGUAGCGCAACGCAGCUUCUUAACCGUGGCUGAAGAGCUCUUUAGAGACGAGGUGAACUGGGGGCGGAUCGUGGCUUUCUUCGAGUUUGGUGGGACCAUGUGUGUGGAAAGCGUCAACCGGGAGAUGGCGUCCCAGGUAGAUAAUAUUGCACACUGGAUGACAGACUACCUGAACGGGCCUCUGGAAAACUGGAUCGAGGAAAAUGGAGGUUGGAUAUUCUCCUCAAAAUCAAUGAAGAAAAUGUCUGCAGAUUCCGUCUGGGCCAACAGGUCAAAAACUCUUAGGUCUAAGAAAACACACAGGAAGUGUCAGGAUGCCUUUGUGGAGUUGUACGGUCAGCAGAGAGACUCUAUGUUCCACCCAUUGUCAUACCUAACGAAAGUGCUUGGAUUGGCGGCGUUGGGCUUGGCAGGAGUGACCAUCGCCUUUUUUGCUCAGAAGUGACAGCCCUGUGGGUCUCUUCACCAAUCUAUCUCACUUUCUCUGCCUGUCUCUCCUCUUCAGCUUAUCAAAGCAUCUCUCAGCGCCACACUGCCCCGCUAAGCCCGGCACCAGUGCCCUUCAAAGGCCGCCGCUGAUCCGAUGCCCCUCCAGCCACGGGAGCUACGGCGCUCACGCUCUUUCACCCUCUCUGGAGUGAAGAAAACACAAAGAAAAAGAAUACAGAAUGAGGACUCGCAGGAACGCUCCCACACUUUAACUAUGAUGCUCGUCACUGCCAUGUACAGUUGCGCUCACACAGAGAUCGACACACAAAACACGUGCACACACAAGCACAUGCUCACAUACUUCACAUGGACUCAAAAAAUACACAAAAAAAGAACGUUUUAUCUUUAAAGUUUGUUUCUUAUGUAUGAAACAAGUACAAAGAGAUUUUUAAACUUAAGAUUGUGCUUUUUUGACAUUUUGAUAUCAGGUUUUUUGGCAUUUUGUAGCAUGAAUCAAAAAAAAAGAGAGAGGAAAAUAAGAAAGUUUGCCGGCGUGAAUGUAAAUAACUUCUCCACUAUUUGCAUGUGUGGAGAAAGAGACUCUUUCAGCUACUUUAUUGCAUGAUGGCAUUUUGAACUCGACCACCCACCCCUACUUUGUUGAUUCGGGGUGUUUUUUUAAUAUUUUUGUUUAUUUCUGUCUCUCACUCCAUUGGAUGGACCUCUUGAGAUCUCCCGUCAAACCAACAGAUGUUGAGCAUUCCUCAUUAAAAAGUUCCUCUUUGAUUUGCUCAGUGUCUUACUGUUUGGUGAGCACAACGAACAUGCCUACAACCAAACCGAAGUGGCUAUCACGAUGUAAUCUCACCCAGCAUGGGUCACAGAGUUGACCCAAAUCGCCCCUCUUGAAUGUAAAGACUGGAAGUUUGACUUCUGUAGGGUUUCCCAAUGUAUAUUUUUCAUUCAUAUGUUUUUUUUUGUUUUGUUUUUUUUGUUUUGACUGGUGCAAAAUGUGUUAAAAGAGCAUUUUUCAUGGUAAAUUCCAUUUCCGAGGGUAUUGUGUAUGUGUAAAGUCUGUGUACAUGUAGUGUAAGUGUGUGUGUACAUCUGUAAAUAGAUUGGUUGAGAGAGCUGGACUUGGCUGUGUUCUGGUGGAGAACGCGGGCGCCCCGCCAGUUGUGUCCAGCCCAGCCAGGUGUGUAUGUGCGUCUGCAGGUGAAACAGGCAGGUGGCAGCUGGGAACAGAAGUUCAUUCAGGCUGGCAUGAUAGGCAUGCAGGCCAGCGGGGCUUUGAAAAGACUCUGUACACAACGGACUAUGUAAUUCACGCCCCAGAUGUAUCACUUUUCCCUCCCCGCCGCCCCCCAAUGUUAUCUUUCUGGCACGGUAGAUUUUUGGAUGCCCCAACAACCAAAGAAAUCCGAUCCGUCUUCUGUAACUUCCGCCCCAGAGAGAAUCUCAUCUAGUGCUAUCCCACAACUUCCACAGCGUGUUCCACUGGGAGGGUUGAUUUCUCAUUCACAGGAAGAUACUGAGACACCAGCUUGUCCUAAUGUCUUUUUCCCCUCAGAUGUCCAUUAAGAUGUCACUGGUGUAGAUUUAGCGCUCUCUGUCUCUGUGUCAGGGCAAAAGCCCACUGAGACCAAAUAAAGACUAUGGCCAGCGAUAUUUUAAUACCUUGUGCAUCUAGCAAAUUUUAUUUUGAAAAUCUGUAAUAUAGGAGCUAGAUGCUUAAAGGGUUAGUUCACCCAAAAAUGAAAAUUCUGUCAUUAAUCACUCACUUGUUCAUCUUCGGAACACGAAUUAAGAUAUUUUUCAUAAAAUCCGCUGGCUCAGUGAGGUCUGCAUUGACAGAAAGUUAAUUUACACUUUCAAAUGCCCAGAAAGCUACUAAAGACGUAUUUAAAACAGUACAUGUGACUAAUGUUAUGAAGCAACAAGAAUACUUUUUGUGGACCAAAAACACAAAAUAACGACUUUAUUUAACAAUAUCUAGCGAUUUCAAAACACUGCUUCAUGAAGCUUCGAAGCUUUACGAAUCUUUCACGUGACUUUGGUGAUUUUUGGGUGAACUAACCCUUUUUUGGGGGGGGGGUAUUUACAUAUAAAGCACAAGGUUGUGCAAAAAAAUCAGAAUUGGCAUCCUUUCAAUUCAUGAGUUUGAAUUUGAAUUUUAAAUUAAUUAGUAACGUCCCACAGAAUUGGAAAUUUACUUGGAGUAGUAGAAAGAGGAAUUUACUAAAUUGCAAUUCAAAGAAAUUGAGCAAAUAAUUGCCUUAGUUUCAAACAAUGCUGUCAAGCCAACAUUCAUAGUUUGUCCCAACAAACGUUCCUUUGUUAAAAAUUAAAGUCUUUCAUUUAAAAUUCAUUUAAUUCUUACUUAAAUUCAAAUUCAGAAAUGACACUUAAAAACAUUCUCAAUUCAAUUCCAAAUGAUACAGUGUCUACAGACUUCAGUCAGAGUUGGACAGCAUAUUUAAUGUGGCAUGAACGAAAAAGAGGCUGUGAAGGAUAGCGUAAAUGGUUAUAUAAUUAAUUUAAGUUUUAUUUUUUGUCUACUGGAAAUUUGUGGAAAGACAUUUCAGUAUUUUGUUGGCUAAACAACCCUUAAGCCCAAAGUAUAGUUCCCUUUUACGUGUACGCGAGGGUCAAUGUAGAGUGCGCAUGACACGAAUUUCGUCAUCAGAAGAUUACGAGCACCGCCCGAUUUUGUAACCGCGAGUACUUGUACGCUCAGGUCGCACAUGCGUAUUUAAUUUUUUUGUAGUACUUAGUUUAUCCACAAGGUGGCAACCGUGCACUGGGGCUGUCGAUUCACAAGGCAGUCAAAGAAAAACUGCAUAAACAGAACAAAACGGAACGCAUGCAAGCUACAGUGACAAUGGAGGCCUACAUAGAUGAGAGAUUGUGCGAAGAGGUUAGAAAGUACCCUCAUUUGUACAACUCUAGCAUGAAAGAAUACAAAGAUGUUUACAUUGGUUGUAACUCGUGAUGAGAGAUUUCUCAAAACUGCGCAUGCGUCUAAUGAAGUAUACGUUCCAAGGCUGCGCGGACACUGGCGUAUGCGUAAAAACACAAAGUAUACCCAGGGCUUUAGUAUACAAGAGUAUGACAUAAACAAACUGUACUUCUUUCCCUCACAGUCUCAUUUUCAUUCAAGUCAAUACUCUAACUAAGGAUCCAUGUCAGGAUCGACUUUAUCUAGUCUAUCAACACAGCUCUCUCGAGUGUGUAGCGGUACAGAUUAAACAUUCGCUAUCUAAUAGUGUACUAUAUUGCUGCACCCUUUAUCAGGUGGUGCAGGACUUGUAUCAGAAUAUGUUAAAGCGAGUUUUUAGGACUCACACUGUAAGAUCAUUUUACUUUAGCUGCUAAAGAUCUAGCAAUGUAAGACAACAGGGUGUGGAGUUGAGCUUCUCCCUGUUGCUGCACCAUAUGAAGCUGCUCGUGGAUGAACCAGCGUAUAACUGCCACUGCUGGAGCGGAACUUGUCCAUCCACUCCUUAAGUCUCACUUUCCCUCUGGUUAGGAGAAGCUGAGAAGUCUAUUACAAUUAGACUCUAGAUGCACCUAUUUGAGUCUAAGAAGAGGCCUUGUGUAUUUGAUUAAAUAGCAUCAAUCUGUGAUUUCUAUUCAUAAGCGAUUUUCAAAUACAGUUGUGUCAAAUUCCUCUGCACCUUUUAAGAAGCAAUGGCUCUUCAACUUCAAGUGUAAUCAAGCAGUGAUUGUUUGUCGGGGAUUUUUUUUUGACAUUUGACUUUGACAAAAAAGAGACUAAGAUGAAAAGAAAGGUGAAGGAUGCAGGAAAUUCGCAGUCUAGUUGGUAAAUGUGUGAAUCAUAAGGUUCUUAUGUAGCAUCUGUGUAUACAUCAAAAUCAUUUGCAUUGUAAGGGGCCAUACACACAGAAUGCAUUUUUUUGCAUUUGAAAAGGUGAGAUGCAGGGCAAUGGAAUGAAAAAAACCCCACAAGCUCUGAAAAUUGAGUAAAGUUUUUAUAUCACCAUAUCAUGUGCGAGACGCUGCAAAAGGUGUUAGGGGUACGCGGCAAGCGUCAGUCACAUCUGUCUAGUGCACAAUGGAAAAGCAUCGCAGUGGAAUGCAAAAACGUAUUCUGUGUGAACGGCCCCUAAAACUGUGUCCUAACCAUGAUGAAGCAAAAUCCCACUCCAUGUAGCUGCAUAUUUUAAAGCUGAAGUGUGUCAUUUUUGCAUCGCUAGACUGAAUUGACUGUUUUUAAACAGGUUUCCCAAACACUCCGCCCAGAGACAAAUCAUCAGCCCCGCCCCAAAACGCACCUCAUUGGCUGAACCAGUGUUGCUGUUGUCGGGCAGGUUAGGAUGUUCAAACAAACAGAUCAAUAUUUUGAAAACACCACAGAGCUGCAAAGCUUUCAGUUUUUAGGGAACUCAACCUUUAAGUUUUAACAUAAAAAUGACACAUUUCAGGUUUAAACAUGAAAUAUGUUCUGAUUGGUUGUUAUUAUGUCUUAUUACGCAGAAUUUUCCCUUUCUCUGUGGAGAGACAACUGAAAUGAUGCUUGGAAACUUUACAUUUGGUUAGGACACCGUGUAUGAGAGAGGGCUUAGGUGAAACUUGGUUCAUCUCCCGGGUGAAUAUUAUAUUUUAUUUAAAAUAAUCUGUAUCUCUUUCUUUUUAUAAUGUAAAUGAUUUUUUUACCCCUUUACAGAAAAAAUCAGAAUUCUGAAUGUAAAAAUAGGAUCGGCUCUGAUCAGCUAAAGCACUCGCAUUUAAGGUUAGUCAGAGUUGUGUGGCUUGUACUUCUGCAAAAAUCUCCAUCUGUCAGUUCAUUCCUCAUUCUUUCAUAAAUUCUUUCAUUCUCGUCAUACAGAUGGAAAGAGGAUGGGCUUUUGUUUCAGCUCACGUCCUGCAUGAUAAAUAUGGAAGUGAGAUUUAAACUGCAGCGCAAGGGGUUUUCCCUCCUUCCAUCUGGAUGAUGGUGUUCCGGUGAUCUGUUAAGAGUAAAAUUUCAAUUACAGUCUCCAUGGUUCCACUGGUUUGGUGUUUAACUAUGUUAUUUACAUUUUGCAUGAGUGCAUUCUUUCAUCUCCAGCUAUACAGCUUCAUUUUGCUCGAGUUUCGGUGCGAUUUUCACAUUGUGUUCAAUAUAAAUGACUCAUUUUGUGUGUCUAUUCUGAAAUAAACCCCCACGCCCCAUCAGAUCAAAUGGAAAAGAUUAUAAAAAUGUAUUUUUUUUUCCUUUGGCAGCUACUAUAGUGCAUUCAUUUUACAAUACCACUUUCCUUUGAGGAGAAAAGAAAUCGAUUUCCUGCUCCGAUUUCUUUGCUUUCUUUUUUUUUUAAUGACUUUGCUGCCAUACCUUCCCUCAUAUAUCACAUAACCAUUAAAAUGUAGCAAAAUAUCUGGAGGAUUUUAAUAUAGAGACUGGAGUUUAUAUUUGAUUUCCAAAUUCUCAUUUUUCCACCAUUAUCCUGUUUGUCUUUCUGUGUUGUACAUUGUGUCUUGUAUGCCCUCAGCAUGUAGCAUUCAGAAGCAAUUGUUCAUGAUGUUUCUUUCUUUCUUUCUUUCUUUUUUUGUUUGUUUAAUUUAUCCCAGUUGUGAGUUUUAAAUGUGUCAAUAUCAUUUUGUGUACGUAUCCAUGUCAUAAGCUAACAGUUAUGUGUCCUAAUUAAAUAAACCUUGCCUUAUCAUCUGAGAA